GCGGCGGGCGGUUAGAGUCCUCGCCCCGCCCCUUGCUCACGCCCCGCUCCCGCACUUGGAGGCGUGAGCAAGCUGGACCCAGCGCUGGGCGCCGGUUAACACCCACUCCCCGUCGCGGGUACCAUGGAGGCGGCGGUGUGUACCGAAAUCGAACCGGAGGAUGGCGACAGCAGCUGCGGCGAUGUGUGUUUCAUGGACAAAGGCCUGCACAGUAUAUCGGAGUUAUCUUUAGAUUCAUCCCUUCAUGCCAUCAAUUUGCAUUGUAAUAACAUCUCCAAGAUCUCAUCCAUUGACCACAUUUGGAACCUACGACAUUUAGAUCUGUCGUCUAAUCAAAUAAGUCAAAUUGAAGGCCUGAACACACUGACAAAGCUAUGCACGUUAAACUUGUCCUGCAAUUUGAUCACAAGAGUGGAAGGACUUGAAGCACUGGUUAAUCUGACAAGACUGAAUUUGUCUUAUAAUCAUAUAAGUGAUCUUAGUGGGUUGAUGCCCCUUCAUGGACUAAAAUAUAAACUUAGAUAUAUUGAUCUACAUAGUAAUUAUAUAGAUAGCAUCCAUCACUUACUUCAGUGUACAGUAGGAUUGCACUUCCUAACCAAUCUUAUUUUAGAGAAAGAUGGAGAAGGUAAUCCUGUCUGUCUUAUACCAGGGUACCGAGCAAUCAUUCUCCAGACUUUACCACAACUGAGAAUCUUAGAUUGCAAGAAUAUAUUUGGUGAGCCAGUAAGUUUAGAAGAAAUAAACUCAUCACACCUACAAUGCUUAGAAGGUCUUUUGGAUAACUUAGUUUCUUCUGAUUCCCCACUGAAUAUAAGUGAAGAUGAGGUCAUUGAUAAUAUGUCAGCACCACCAAUGGAUGUGUUGCCUCCUUUGAAGGAAUUUCCAAGUACACCAGAAGAAACAGUUUUGGCCUCACUUUUAUCUGUGUGUCCAUCUUCUGAACCAGAAAAAAUUAAUCAUGAAAACGAUUUUCAGAAUGAGGUGAAACUUCAGAAAUUAGAUGAUCAAAUCCUACAGCUUCUCAAUGAAACUAAUAAUUCCUUAAUAGAUAAUGUUCCUGAGAAAGACCUCAGACCAAAAAGAGACACAGAUGUAACUUCUGAAAGUGACUAUGGAAACAGAAAAGAGUGCAGCAGAAAAGUUCCCAGAAGAACUAAAAUCCCAUAUUAUGCCAGAACCAUUCAAACGAUUAAGCACCACAAUAAAAACAAUGGUGCUUUUGUAAGUUGUAAUCGUAAAAUGAGACAGCCUUACUUUAGAGAUUUAUACGUAAGAUCAUCUUUAGUAAACUGUAAUAACUUAAGAGAUUUAGAUGAGCAGAAGACUGGCAUAAUUAAAGUAGACAAAAGUGUCUCGGACGACAGCACUUACCGGUCCCUCGUGGAACAAUUAGACCAGGAGAGAGAGAUGAGGUGGAAAGCUGAGCAAACGGAAAAGAAACUUAUGGAUUAUAUUGAUGAGCUACAUAAGCAAGCAGAUGAGAAGAAAGAUGUUCACAGCCAGGCUCUCAUUACCACAGACAGACUAAAGGAUGCUAUUUUUAAGGAGAGACAUUGCAAGGCUCAACUUGAAAUUAUAGUUCACAGACUUCAAAAUGAAGUUAAAAAACUAACUAUUGAAUUAAUGAAAGCGCGAGAUCAACAGGAAGAUCACAUCAGACACCUGAGGACCCUGGAAAGGGCAUUGGAAAAAAUGGAGAAGCAGAAAGCGCAGCAGCAACAGGCACAGAUAAGACUGAUCCAAGAGGUGGAGCUCAAAGCCUCAGCUGCUGAUCGCGAAAUAAACUUACUUCGAACUUCUCUUCACCAAGAAAAGCAGCAAGUACAACAACUUCAUGAACUUCUGGCAUUGAAAGAAAAGGAACACAGGCAAGAAAUUGAAACUCGGGAGUUUUUCACUGAUGCUGAGUUCCAGGAUGCAUUAGCUAAACAAUUGUCCAAAGAAGAAAGAAAACAUGAGCAAGAAGUAAAAGAAUACCAAGAAAAAAUUGAUAUAUUAAACCAACAGUAUUUGGAUUUAGAAAAUGAAUUCCGUAUUGCUUUAACUGUGGAAGCUAGAAGAUUUAAAGAUGUUCAAGAUGGCUUUGAAGACGUUGCAACUGAGUUAGCGAAGAGUAAGCAUGCUCUGAUCUGGGCUCAACGGAAAGAAAACGAAUCUUCCUCUUUAAUUAAAGAUCUGACCUGUAUGGUGAAGGAACAGAAGACAAAGCUCUCAGAAGUCUGCAAACUGAAGCAGGAAGCAGCAGCAAAUUUACAGAAUCAAAUCAACACUCUGGAAAUUUUGAUUGAAGAUGACAAGCAGAAGAGCAUUCAAAUAGAACUUCUCAAACAUGAAAAAAACCAGCUUAUUUCUGAGCUGGCAGCCAAAGAGUCACUGAUUUAUGGCUUACGGACUGAGAGAAAAGUAUGGGGUCAUGAACUGGCAUGUCAGAGCUCAUCUCUAUCCCAAGGUCGUGGGAAAUUAGAAGCCCAAAUUGAAAGUUUAUGCAGAGAAAAUGAAUCUCUGAGAAAAACCCAUGAAAGUGACUGUGAUGCCUUGAGAAUAAAGUGCAAGAUCAUCGAGGACCAAACGGAAACCAUUCGGAAACUGAAAGACGGUUUACAAGAAAAAGAUGGGCAAAUCAAAUCGCUACAAGAACAGAUCACUCUCAUAGAAAAAUGUUCUCAAGAGCAACUUAAUGAAAAGUCUUCACAACUAGAUUCUAUAGUUGAGAAACUGGAGAGACACAAUGAAAGAAAGGAAAAACUAAAGCAACAGUUAAAAGCAAAGGAAUUAGAACUUGAAGAAAUCAGAAAAGCUUACAGCACACUAAAUAAGAAAUGGCAUGACAAAGGAGAACUCCUCUCUCAUCUUGAAACACAAGUAAAAGAAGUAAAAGAAAAAUUUGAAAACAAGGAAAGGAAACUGAAAGCAGAGAGAGACAAAAGUCUUGAGCUACAAAAGGAUGCAAUGGAAAAGCUUCAGAACAUGGAUGAUGCCUUUAGAAAACAAGUUGAUGCAAUUGUUGAAGCUCAUCAGGCUGAAAUAGUACAGCUAGCAAACGAGAAACAGAAAUAUAUUGAGUGUGCAAAUUUAAAGGUUCAACAAGUUGAAGACGAAAUGCGAGAACUUCUGGAAGAAACAUGCAAGAACAAAAAAAUGAUGGAAGGAAAAAUUAAGCAACUUGCUUGUGCUAUAAGUGAAAUACAGAAAGAAAUGUGAUGUUGGUGGGAACAAGUUUAGUUGAAACGGACCAACAGACCUAUUGUAAAAAUGAUUAAAUAUUGUAACAGUAGUAACUGCUAUGACUUUGAAAUGUCUCUUUCUACACAUUUCAUUAUGAAUAUAUUUUAAGAGACUUGAUGAAAUAUUGUAUAUGUGGGGUUUUUAUAAUAAAGUAUUAUUAAUUAUGUUUA